GAAUAUAUAAAGAGGGAUGCCCAAAUAAUGGAAUAAUGAAUUGUGGACAGAUGUUAUACCGUAUAGCUGAUAAUUGGGCACAAUGCAUACGUCAGAGGUCAUAUCAUUGGUCGAAAACUUGAUAGAUACAAUUACAGAUACCGUAUAUCCCCUCUCUACUGUUAGUUAAAAGAAUAAAUUAACUUCCCUAAUGGUAUAUUUUAGUAGAAAUCUAAUUAUUGAGAUUUCUUUUUGUGUUAAUAUGUAAUAUGUCGUCUGCUUCCAUGGAUGUGGACGCUGAUGUAUUACUUACGAACGAACUAGGAAUGUUAGACGAAGAGGUGCAAAUACUGGGUCAGAAAAAACGUUCUAGGGAAGUUAACAGAGGUAAUGAAACGGACGCAUCUCUUGCAUCUACCGCAUCUACCGAAAAAUCAUCUUGCAAAAAGGCUAAAAAGACUUGUGGAAAGAAAGAAUCAGAUAAACUAAAAAAAAUUAUCGAAGAACUAUCCUCUGAAACAUCCCGGAGUCUGGAGGUUAUGGAAGAGGGAACUGAAAGUUUUUUUGAUCUGUACAAUGCAAUCAUUAAUACGGAAGGGCAGGUCGAGAUUGCAAAUCAAGACGUCAUUAAGUCGUAUUAUAAUUUCGGAAAAGCACUCGCUGAUCGAUAUGAGCAUUAUAAGGAAAAUAAUCCCAAGCGAACGGCUCAGACAUUGGUUAAUGAAGAAGUUAGAAAACAACUCCCUGUCUCUGCACUUAGGAAGAAAAAGGAAAGGGCUCUGAAGAUUUAUAAGCUAUUCAGUGAAAUCGACGAACAUAUGAUUCAGAGGAUUAAAUCUUUCUUUGCGUUGACAAUAUCUAAGUUAAAACAGAAUGACAUAGACCAUAUCAGAUAUAUUGACUAAGUUCGCAAGAUAGUAUUAUGCGUCACGUGACAUUGUGACCUCGAGGUCACAUUCUAUUAGCAUGUAUCUGAUGUUACCACCACAUUCUACGUAUCUAUCUUUAUA